UUGGAGUGCAAAAAGUAAAAAUACGAUUUAUCCUGACAAUACCACCCGAAGAGCCAUUCGUCCCAGUUGUUUCUAGAAAAUUCGCCAACUUUCUUACUUCUCCCAUCUCCUCACUGUAGAUACAUUAUUUAACACUCUUUCAAGUUAUAUCACGUAGAAAUCACUACCUGUUUCUCAAAUAUCCAUUGAAUCCCCAACAUUUCCACUUCGUAAACUAGCAUUUUGGUUCAGACUCAAAUGUCUCUCUACGACGGCGUCGUGAUCGGAAAAUUGCGACUGAAGGGAAAACCACUGGCCGUCAAAAACAACGGAAUCAAAAAGAAGAAGAAACACCGUUACUCAUCGGAGUUUAAUUCAGAAGGUAACAUGAACGAGGGUGAGAAGUACGAAGGAGAAGGAAACAGCGCAGGAUGUGACUGUGACGAUGAUCGGUUAACUCCGGCUGAGAGACGGUUUUUACAACAGACAGAGAAAAUUGAACUUCAAAGGGUGGGAAAGAUGGCGACGAGAUCUCAUAGAGAUAGAAUUGAGAGGUUCAAUCAAUAUCUGGCUAAUCUUACUGAUCAUUAUGAUAUUCCAAAAGUGGGGCCUGGUUAAUACAACCACUUUGUUUUUGAAAGUUUUGAUUUGUAAUUGUAAAAGCAAUGCUCCUAGAUGAU